AAAGCGGCCAAUCGCGGGGCGGCAAAGUUUGCCUCGUUCCCACGAGUUGGAUAAAUAGAAGAGCGGCGGACUUGGCAGCCGAGAUCGCUUUCUAGUUUGUUUUUUUUUCUCUCUCUCUGUGUUGAUAUUUUGUUUUUUCCAGUUUGAGGAUGCCCGAGCCGGCUAAAUCUGCCCCGGUGCCCAAAAAGGGAUCUAAAAAGGCGAUCACCAAGACCCAGAAGAAAGGAGACAAGAAGCGCAAGAAGAGCCGCAAGGAGAGUUACUCCAUCUACGUCUACAAGGUGUUGAAGCAGGUCCACCCCGACACCGGCAUCUCCUCCAAGGCCAUGAGCAUCAUGAACUCCUUCGUCAACGACAUCUUCGAGCGCAUCGCGGCUGAAGCUUCCCGCCUGGCUCACUACAACAAGCGCUCCACCAUCACCUCCCGGGAGAUCCAGACGGCCGUCCGCCUCCUCCUGCCCGGAGAGCUGGCCAAGCACGCCGUCUCCGAGGGCACCAAAGCCGUCACCAAAUACACCAGCUCCAAAUAAAAAAGGGAGCUUGAGACUUAAAAAGUCUCCUUCGCCCAGACCCAAAGGCUCUUUUAAGAGCCACCCACUUUCUCAACGGAAAGAGCUGUUCUCUA